CUUAAUUAUUAUGGCAUCACUGGUAACAGUCUUUCUUGGAUCGAGAACUUCUUACUGGACCGUACUCAGUGUGUCCAGGUUUCUGGCACAAGGUCUUCUUAGAUUAGUGUUACCUCUGGUGUCCCUCAAGGCACAGUCUUAGGUCCCCUCCUGUUUCUGAUUUACAUCAAUGAUAUUGUACAUAACCUUAACACUAAAAUUAAGUUAUUUGCUGAUGAUGCUGUUCUCUAUUCCGAAGUCUCAAAUGUUCAUGAUAUGACAAGACCUUGA